AUGACACAGGAAUCUUACAAUUUCAAUGAUACGUAUGUUUUUAUUCAGUUUUACUUCUAUAAUGGACUUCAACUAACUUUGAAACCCAGUGUUUAUAUCAGAAAUAUAAAUGAAAAAGUAUCAAUUAACACCAUAAAAUCCAAACUUACAGAAAUAUUCGAUAAUUAUGGUCCAAUACAGAGUAUAACAGCACAUAAGAACGUUAAAAUGAGAGGACAAGCGUUUGUGUCUCUUGAGAGUGAAGAAAAAGCUCAACAAGCUAUUAAGGAAUUGAAUGGAACUCAAUUAUUUGAAAAAAAAAUUGAAGUUUCAUUUGCAAAGAGUAGUUCAAAUUCAUCAGUGGAAAAUAAAUUAGUUGAAAAAGAUUAUAAUGAGUAUUUAAACAAACGUAAAUUACAUAAGGAAGAACUUGAUAAGAAGAAAGAACAAGAACCAGUAAAGAAACCUAAAAUUAAAAUUGAAAACUUACCACCAAAUAAAAUUCUAUUGGUUCAAGGAUUACCAAAAGAUGUUACACAAGAUGAACUUGUGGAAAUAUUUGAAAAAUAUAAUGGCUUUGUUGAAGUUAGAUUAGUUGCAGUAAGAGGUGUUGCAUUCAUUGAAUAUGAAAAUGAUAAAGAUGCUAUACCUGCUAAAGAAGGAACAGCUGAUUUAACUAUUAAAGAUACUAAACCUAUAGUUAAUUUUGCAAAGAAAUGA